AUGGCCCAUUUCCUCCGUGGAAAGCAAGUCGGGGUUCAGAAUGACCUCUCCGUCGGCGUCUCACAGGAUGUAUUUAUGGUAGACGAUUUUGCCCGCUAUGGCAUCAGUUCUCAAAUCUCUGUCAUUGCUUACGACCCCGUCCAAUCCCUGCUCGCGGUCGGUACGAACGAAUCUCGGUUCGGCCCUGGCCUUGUCUACGUCUUUGGGCAGAAGCGAGUCUGCGUGACCUUCACUCCCUCCCGGCCUUCCUCUAUUCGAACCCUUCAAUUCUGUGCCGACAAGCUCGUUGCACUGGAUAGCAAGAACGAUGUUAGCAUUUUCAGCCUGGACACUAAGCAAAUGCUGACAAGCUAUGCUCCUCCCGGUCAUGUCACGGCGAUACUCACAGAUCCUAGCCUGGAUUAUUGUUUCACUGGACUGCAAAAUGGGGAGAUCGUGGCAUAUGACCUGGACCGAGAAGGCAUCACGCCGUUCAGGAUCCCCAACCUCUGGCGCGAGCGCGAUCCAAGGGCACGCAUCCUCCCGGUGGUGUGUAUGCAAUUUCAUCCCAGAGACAUCGGCACCCUGCUCAUCGGCUACUCCGAAGGAGCUGUGAUCUAUUCAUUCAAACAGAACAAGGCCACUAAGUUCUUCCGAUAUGAAAUCCCUAGAGGGGCUCGCGGUGGAGAUGGAGAGGGCGCUACCACUGGGCAAGCGAGACAGCCACGUCUGACACAUGCUGUCUGGCAUCCGACAGGCACGUUCAUCUUAACCGCCCAUGACGACUCUAGUUUGGUUUUCUGGGAUCCUCGGGAUGGGCGAGUUGUACACGCAAGAACCCUUGAUGAUACAGAUGUCAACGUACCAGGUCGCGCACCUUCUAGAGAUGGGGCAGCCACCAUUGCGGUGAAACAGCCUUAUAUGAAAAUCGCCUGGUGCUCAAAGGUGAAUUCAGAAGACACUGGACUACUUGUGGCGGGUGGCUCACCCACGACAAAUCCAACCCGAGGUCUGACUUUUCUCGACCUGGGACCAACCCCCGUGUAUCAGACAUCUACCUGGGAUUCAUUGGCAGCAUACUUUCGAAAUCCAAAGAAAACACACGUCCUGCCGACGCCAGCCACCGCCGAAAUCAGCACAUUCACACUGAUCCCGCGUUCAUCUCCUCAUUAUGCAGGGUCACACGAUCCGAUCGCCGUCUUAACGAUCCUGUCGUCUGGGGAAAUGGUCACCUUGAGUUUUCCCUCCGGCCAUCCUAUUACCCCGACCAAUCAGCUUCAUAUCUCACUUUCAUUUGUCCAUCCCUUUGUCACCAAACUCGCGUUGGCUUUUGUGGAUCGGACGAGAUGGUUAGGCAUGAGAGAACUCCGGCAGCACGGACCCAGCAUUCUAACCGGCGGAGCAGAGGGCCACCGUCCUCUGAAGAGAUUUGAGAACCGGAAUAUCGUUCAAGCGGCCCACGCCGAUGGAACCAUCCGAGUCUGGGAUGCAGGACACGGCGAUGUCAUAGAGAAUCCCAAUGUCCUCCAGGUGGAUCUUGCGAGAGCGCUCGGUCGAUGGGAUCAAUUGGAAGUCUCGGAAUUGAGCAUGUCUGGAGCUACAGGUGAGCUAUCAGUUGGGAUGAGAACCGGUGAGCUGGUGGUCUUCAGACUCAAUCGGAACCAAUUUGCUGGCCAACCUCCUUCCGAACCCGGCCCCAAUGAGGGUCCCGGAAGCAUGACGGACAUAACCAGACGAGCAGACCCGGGCUUGAAAGAGGGUCUCCUACCGUUGACGAUGGCGAAUGAUCAACAAGGUCCGGUUGUCGCUCUGCGCCAUUCUGACGUUGGAUUUGUAGCUGCCGGAUAUGCUGCUGGUGGGGUGACCAUUGUCGAUCUUCGCGGGCCAGCCAUCAUAUAUACUGUUCUGCUCAGUGAGUUGACGGACGGUAAACAUCGAAAAGGUAGCACGAAGCGUGCGAGUGUAACAACUCAGUCUACAGAAUAUGCCACCGCAAUGGACUUUGGGAUCAUGACCCUCGAGGGCGAUGAUUAUUCUUCGUUGGCCUUGUUCGUCGGUACAUCCCGCGGUCGAGUUGCUACAUUCAAGAUUCUUCCCUCUCAAACAGGUCGAUACACUUCGCAACUUGCUGGGGUGACCCAGAUAUCAGACUCACGUGUUAUCUCACUGUCGCCGAUAGAGGCACACACAGGCUCGCCAGCGGCGGCCACCGGGCAAGCGAUGGCAGGAUUGCAGUCCGGACGGAAAGUCGACGGUGUUUUAGUGGCAGCUACUGUCUCGUCGUUACACAUCUUCCGUCCCGCGCACUCGAAAGGAGCAUCCAAGAGUUUCGAUCAUUAUCUUUGCGAUUCGGCCAGGGUGGCGCGCUACGAGGACCGUGGCUAUGCACUCGUCGGCCUGUUUGGUGAUGGUGCUGCGAGGGCAUUUUCCAUCCCGGCUCUGAAAGAGAUUGGCCAUGCUCGGGUUAACCAUCUCCUGGACACAAAACGAUUUGGUGAAGCGAUCAUCACUCCCACCGGUGAUGUAUUGGGCUGGGUGGGCCCCAGCGAGGUGGCCAUAGUUAAUGUCUUUGGCGCCGGUCUGUCGUUGCCAGCUAGCACCGAUGGGCUCUAUGAUCCUGCAAAACUCGUUCCCUCGCGACCGACAAUCAGCAAUCUCCAGUGGAUUGCCGGAACGCAAUACAUUACUCCGUCAGAUAUGGAUGUGCUGAUUGGGGGGCCAGACCGACCACCGUCGAAGCGGAUGAUGGCUGAAAUGCGUGCUGCGCAGGAGGCCGAAUUUCAAAGACAAAGAGAGGCUGCCCGGACGGGUCGAGCCGCGCCAAAAGACCAGAGUCAAGAGGGCUAUUGGGAAUAUAUGCAGCGACAACUGGCCGAAAGGACAGAGGCGCUUGGUCUCGCCGGCGACAGCAUGGACCGAGCGGCCGAAUCGAGCAGUACCUGGAGUGAUGGAGUGAGCAAAUACGUUGCGAAGCAGAAGAGACAAGCAGCGCUCGGAUAUCUGGGUUCGAAAUUCGGGUUCUGA